AUGUCUCUCGGCUCCUGCGGUCCUCUGUCUGCGCCCAUGGAUCCUUCGUCCUCGUCUCCGAAGCUGUUGUUAGUCACUACACCACCUUGGCUCCUCCCUCCCUCAACUCCUCCGUGGGCUGUUGGCACUGGAAAGCACUGGUUCUGUGCUAGUGGACCAUCUCAACCAUUACUGCCAGAGAAUCGUCAUCAUCGUGUUACUCCUCUGUCAUCUCCUGUCAUCAUCCCUGUGCCUUAUCCUGUUUUCAUACCUUCACCAUCACCUUGUCCACCUCCAAAGCCCCCUCCAGCCCUCUCUCUGUUGUUCUGUUAUGUGACCGCCACCGUUACAAAGCAGAAAGAAAACAUCAGAGAACUGACCGCCACCGUUACAGAGCAGAAAGAAAACAUCAGAGAACUGACCGCCACCGUUACAGAGCAGAAAGAAAAGAACAGAGCUUUAGAGACGCAACAGACGUUUAUCCUGGAAGAGCUGAACAAGAAAAAUGAAGAAAUUUCAAAUCUUACUCUGGGUCAAGUGGAGUUGAGAAAGGAAAAUAGAGACAGAGAAAUAGCUUUUUCAGCUGGACUGAUGCAAUCUGGCAGUGGACAUGUUGGUCCUUUUACCACUGAAAUCACACUAACCUACAGGAACGUCUUCACAAACAUAGGGAACUCCUACAACCCAAUUACAGGUAUUUUCACAGCCCCACUGAAAGGAGCGUACAUGUUCAGAAUCUCUAUAUUUGGUGUUGAAGGAACUACAUAUGCAGCCAUUUAUAAGAAUGGAGAGCGUAUGGUUAUAGCACAUGAUAUUCAGCCUAAGGAUCGGAUGAACUCCUCAAAUGGAGUUGUGUUGAUCCUGGAGGUUGGAGAUGUUGUCUAUGUGAGACUUUGGGCUAACUCAAGGAUAUAUGAUGACCAGAGAAACUUCAACACUUUCAGUGGUUAUCUACUGUUUCCCUUAAGAUAACAAGAGAUUUGCAGAAUGUGAAUCCAAUAAUUCUGAACCUUCAGCGUAUGAUUUAAGAUAAAAAUCAUGAAGAAUCAUUAACAUGUGAACUUGUAUUAAUGAGGACUAAUGUGUGUUUGAAGUUUGAGCUGUCUAUAAAUGUAACUUUGUUUGAAGAGUUUCAGCACUGAGACAGACAGGUCCCAAAAUCCAUCAGGUGACAAAUGGAGGAAAAAAAAAACAAAAAAAAAACCUUGGGAGAAACCAGGUUCAGUCGGUGGGCUGGGAUGGUAAUUCCAUUCAUAUUGGGAUUACCAGUCAUAAAUCAAAAUAUUUAAUCCAGUUCCAUCCAAUCUAGAAAGUUAAUAAAAUACCUUUUUAAAUGUAUCUUGUUACUGAUCCUUGAUCUGUAUCUAUUUAUCCUACAUAAAUAAAUAAGAGAAUAAAGAGACAUUGUGGCAUUUUCUUUUCCUUCUAUAUUCAUGAAUAUUUCCCCAACAAUGCUUCCCAACCACAUUCCUGGAGCCCCCCUCAACACUGCAUGUUUUCCAUGUCUGAUUCAGAUCAUCAGCUCAUUACUAGAGCUUACAUGUGCAGUCCUUUCCAGUUUCAGUUUUCAAUCCGAUCAAGUGUUUACAUGUUCUCUCUAUUAUAUUAGAAAAGAAAUAAACCACCCCUUUCACUCCAACCCAAAUUUCAUUUGGAUCGAUUAAGGUGUUUACAUAAAGGCUUUUCUGACUGACUGAGCUGUCAAUUCGAUUACUAAUGGAUAAUUUGGUUGCAUGCGUCUAGAGCGAAUGAGAUUGUCUCAUUUAAUAAAUCCAUCCAAAACAUAUAUGCACUGGGAGGCUUUUUUGAUGUGAUGCACCACAACUAUUUGAAGCUGUUCAUGUGG